CAAGCCGCAGAGAGCUGCUUGCAGAGCCACCUUGUCGCGCACUCCCCGGUUCCUACAGCCAGAACCAGGUAGCAGCCAUGCUCAGCACUCAGGCGCCUUUCUUCUUCCCCAUGGGCCACUUCAUCCUCUUCGUCUUUGUGGCUUCCACCAUAUUUCACAUUCAGCAGCGGCUAGCAAAGAUUCAACGCACAGGGGAGUUGGUGCCGGCGAUGAGGCCAGCGCUGGAGACCGUGGAGAGAACCACCACCAACCAGCCACCCAUCCCAAGGGGUAUGUGGACGAUCAAUGCAAUAGGUCGCCUGGGGAACCAGAUGGGUGAGUAUGCCACCCUGUACGCGCUCGCCAAGAUGAACGGCCGGCCGGCCUACAUCCCGGCCCGGAUGCACGACGCCCUGGCCCCCAUCUUCAGGAUCACCCUCCCCGUCCUGCAUGGCGACACGGCCAGCAGGAUCCCAUGGCGGAACUACCACCUGAACGACUGGAUGGAGGAGCGGUACCGCCACAUUCCUGGGGACUAUGUGCGCCUCACUGGCUACCCCUGCUCCUGGACCUUCUACCACCACCUCCGUGAGGAGAUCCUCCAGGAGUUCACGCUGCACGACCACGUGCGGGAGGAGGCCCAGAAAUAUCUGCGGGGUCUGCAGGUGAAUGGCAGCCGGCCGAGCACCUUUGUGGGGGUCCACGUGCGCCGGGGGGACUAUGUGCACGUCAUGCCACAGGUGUGGAAGGGUGUGGUGGCCGAUCGGCGAUACCUGGAGAAGGCCCUGGACUGGUUCCGGGCUCGCUACAGCUCUGUCGUCUUCGUUGUCACCAGCAACGGCAUGGCCUGGUGUCGGGAAAACAUCGAUGCCUCCCGUGGCGAUGUGGUGUUUGCUGGUGAUGGCAAAGAGGGCUCGCCCGCCAAGGACUUUGCGCUGCUCACGCAGUGUAACCACACCGUCAUGACCAUUGGGACCUUCGGGAUCUGGGCCGCCUACCUGGCGGGUGGAGAGACCAUCUACCUGGCCAAUUACACCCUCCCGGACUCUCCCUUCCUCAAAGUCUUUAAACCAGAGGCAGCCUUCCUGCCCGAGUGGAUUGGGAUCCCAGCAGACCUGUCACCGCUACUCAAGCACUGAUGUUAGCCCAUCUUUGGCGCCUCCUUCUCCUUUCCCGGCUCCCCCAAGAUCAGUUCCAAGGCCUGAGGAGCACAUGGUUAUAUGUACCAGGACCCUUCCCUGUUGCAUCAGAAUGCUUUGGGCUGCAAGUAACUGAAGACCCACUGGUUUAAAUAAUAUAUUCACGUGUCUUGCACAAGACCAGAGAUGGCACAACUCCAGGGAAAUUAAUUCAGCAGCUCAACAAUGUCAUCAGUGACUCCAGUUCCAUCCAUCUUGUUGAACUGCCAUCAUCUCCUCUUGGACUGACUACCUCAUGGGCCCAAGAGGGCUGCCACAUACCCAGGUGUCACAUGCAGCCAACCCUUUUGAGGCAGCAAAAAGAGGUUUGUUCUUAUCUUCAGUCCCUUUUGGAAGAGUGAGGGAAACCUUCUAAAGCCCUCCAGCCGCUGGCCUCCGUAUCUCAUUGACUGGAUGUGUGUCAUAUGCCCACGUGACCCAUUACAAGGCGAGGUGAAUGUUAGCUCAGGGCUAAUGUUCCUCUAAAUUAAUAAAUAAAUAACCGAGAAAACAUGGGCCAAAAAAAAUGAACAGAUGCUUCACAGCUGAUGAUAGUUGGAUGUCAACGAGCACAUGAAAAUAUGUGUCUAUUUUCAGGUUGCUUAUUGUCCUUCCUCCUCGGUCACUAUACCCCUGACUGCUCUGUGGGCUCUAGUCUCAGUGCUUCUUUUUACAGCUCAGCCUCUAUACCCACAGCCUAGGGAAGGGUUUGGUUUCUCAGGUCAUUUUAGGUUCUAGAAGCUGACUGUGUUGGUGGGAUAUUAGAAUAAGAGGUAUUUGUCCUGCGAUGUCUCCUCACUACUGCAUCUCCUGGCAUCACGUGGGGUGUUAUUCUCACCCCAGAGCUCUGUGGAAGGCUCAGGUCAUUAGUAACAUUUACGUCCUCUACUGUCGCAGUCUUACAAGGCCAUACUCCUCCCCUCCCCCUCCUCCUCUUCCUCUCCCUUUUGCUCUUCAUCUUCUCCUCCUCUCCUCCUCCUCCACUUCC